AUGGCGAGCUUCUCGAGCCUCUCUACGGGGCUUUCCACUGGUGGUAUUCUCGGGAUGCGCGGUCUGAACGUCUUCAUCCAGGACAUCCGCAACGCGCCGAGCAAAGAGCACGAGCAGAAGCGCGUGGACAAGGAGCUGGCGAACAUCCGCAAGAAGUUCAGGAACACCGACCUGAGCUCUUACGACAAGAAGAAGUACGUGCUCAAGCUUCUGUACAUGUACAUGCUCGGAUACGACAUCGAGUUCGGUCACACGAUGGUCGUGAGCCUGAUCAACGCCACAAAGUUCGAGGAGAAGCAGGUCGGAUACACAGCCACCGCGGUGCUCCUCAACGAGUCUCACGAGUUUCUUCGCAUGGUCAUCAACUCCGUGAGGGAGGAUAUCAUAGGAAAGUUCGAGCACAACCAGUGCCUGGCCCUGGCGCUCGUGGCGAACGUGGGCGGGCGUGAGUUCUCCGACAGCAUCGCGCCCGACGUCCAGCGCAUCCUGUGCUCCCCUACCUGCCUUCCCGUCGUGCGAAAGAAGGCUGCGCUGUGCCUCCUUCGACUGUACAGGAAAAACAAGGAGAUCCUCGUAGCGGAGACGUGGGCUGCGAAGAUGGUCAAGCUCCUGGACAACGAGGAUGACCUCGGAAUAUUACUCGGGGUCAUCUCGCUGCUCAUCGGCAUCGUCAGCCACGACUACCGCGGGUACGAGGGGUGCAUUCCCAGUGUCUGCGCGGUGAUGCAGCGGCUGGCCCGCGCCAGGAGCGUCCCCCAGGAUUACCUCUACUACGGCAUCCCCUCCCCGUGGCUGCAGGUGAAGUGCAUGCGCGUCCUGCAGUACUUCCCCACCCCGUCCGACCCCGACUAUGUUAGGUCAGAGACGGAGGUGAUCCACCACGUCCUCACCAACACCGGCUCGGUCAAGAACGUCAACAAGAACAACGCGCUCCACGCCGUCCUCUUCGAGGCGGUCAACCUGGUGACCAACCUGGAUUUACCCGACCAGAAAUCCCUGCUCGCCGAGUCCGUCGCGGCGCUCGGCAGGUUUUUGGACGUCAACGAGCCCAACAUCGUGUACCUGGGCAUGUCCGGGCUCACCAGGGUGUGCGCGCCGGACACCAUCAAGGCGGUUCAGUCGUUCAAGUCCAAGGUUGUGGACAAGUUAAACGACGCGGACAUCUCCAUCCGGAAGAGGGCUCUCGACCUGCUCUACGAGAUGUGCGACGAGACGGUCGCGAAGGACAUCGUCGACUCCCUCCUGCGAUACCUCAUCACCGCGGACUUCGCCAUCAGGGAGGAGUUGGCGCUGAAAACCGCGGUGCUGGCGGAGAAGUACAGCGCGGGUAACGCCAGAUGGUACCUCGACGUGGCUUUAAAACUCGUGGAGAAGGCUGGCGAUUUCAUCUCCGACGACGUGUGGCACAGGGUGGUUCACGUGGUGACGGACGCCCCCGAGCUGCACGUUCACGCCGCGAGGGUGGCGCUGGAGAAGCUGAGGCUUAACUCGUACGAGGAGAAGUUUGUCCGUCUCGCCGCGUACUUUCUCGGCGAAUUCGGCCACAAGCUCGGCGCGUCCGAGCCCCCGUUUGCAUACGCCAAGCUGCUCUUCGAGCACUUCAAGACGUCCUCCCCGACCACGCAGCAGAUCAUCCUCACGGCGCUGGCUAAGAUAUCAAUGCACCCCGGCGCGGACGAUGACCUCCGCGGCAGGCUGGGUAUGCUGUUCAGGCAGCACGCGUCGAACAAGGAGGUUGAGCUGCAGCAGAGGGCGGUGGAGUAUUACGUGAUGACCAACGUCGGGAACAACUCUCAGAAGCUGAGGAGCGUGAUGGACCCCAUGCCGGAGUGGAACACGGGCAGCAGGCAGAGCAAGCUGGAACGCCACCUCGCCACGCAAAACGCGGAGGCUGCGGACGCGGUGCGGGUGAACAAGGCGCGGGGCGGCGGCGCCAUCGCGCCAAUCGCGCCCCCGCCCGAAGACGUCGAGCCGGGGACGCCCAUACCCACGAUGGGAAUAGCGGAUCUUCUGGGCGGGGCUCCGGUGCCGAGGGUGAACGGGAACGGUCCUGCGGCGGCUGCCGCGGGUGGGGAGGCGAACGGCGCGGCGGCGUCGCCGGCGGCUGCGCGAUGGGGCCAGGUCAGGGCGGCGGUGGUUGACCCCAUGAGCGACCUCCUGAGCGGGCUCGGGGUGCACCCGGGGCAGCCCGCGGCGGCGGCGCCUUCGGCCGCCCCCGCGGCCGUCGUGGAUCCGCUGGCCGCCUCCGUCGCGGGUAUGGGUCUGUCCACGGCGCACGCGGCGCCCCAGUCCAACCCGGUCCCCACGAUCAACGUCGCGGAUUGCCUCAAGAAGCUGUACGCGGCGGACAACGGCUUGCUCUACGAGGAUCCCAACGUGCAAAUCGGGGUCAAGUCGCAGUGGCAGGGUAACCAAGGACGGGUCAUGUUCUACGUCGGCAAUAAGAGCCCGGGGACGCUGACCGACGUGGCGCUGGAGCUGACUGGCAACGUCCAAGGGCUGCACGCGAGGCUGGCGGCGCUCCCCGCGCAGCUGGAGCCCAAGAAGCAGCAGCAGGUGCUGCUCGAGCUCGCCGCCGCGGGCGGCUACCGCGCCGCGCCGGGCCUGAGCCUUCGGUACUCCGUCCCGGGCCAGGCGCCUGUUCAGGUCCCGCUCAAGCUCCCGUACGGCCCGCAUAGGUUCAUGCAACCCUGGAGGCCCGCGAACCCGCAGGAAUUUUUCGCCAAGUGGCAGGAAGCGUCGGCGCGACACUCCGAGGCGAAGGUUGUCACGGUCGCGCCCGCGAUGGCGCAAGGCGGGUUGGCCGCGAUCCAGGCGGCGCUCUCGUCCGUUCGGAUGACCCCGCUGCCCGGAAUCGAUCCCAACCGAAAGAAUCUCACCGCCGGGAGCUUCGCGCGGUACGGCGGCGCGAACGGCGCCGAGACGUUCGCGCUCGCGAGGGUAGAGUCGGAUGCGAACAAUCCCGCGGUGUUUCGCGUUACAGCAGCGUCGGUUGACGCCGCCACGGCCGGCGGGGUGCUGGAGGCGAUCCUGUCGCAGAUCGUGCCGUGAAAAGGAGGUGGUUUCGGCGGAUGCCCGUAAGUCUUAGCAGAUGCGGUGGUUGUGAAUUACACGAGAUGCUGUAC